UGCUUUCAGGCCGUUUCUGAGCGCAGUCAGGCGGCAGGCACCGCGAAUCAGGCGGCAGGCACCGCGAAUCAGGCCAUCCAGGGUAUGGAAAUGGCUCAGGAACGAGCCAAUCCAAAAAAAGAAAUUAUGUGUAGUAUAAAUCAGGAGGACCGACUAAACGCCAUCGCCUCAAUUGCUUGUAGCGAGGUUCUGCAAAAUAUUCUGCAAAGGAAUUCUCCCUUUCACCAGUACCAUGGACAGGCAAAACCCUCAGCACCUUUUCCGAACCCCCCACCCACUGCUCAGGCCUCUACCCCAAGUGCAACCACAUCGGGCUCCUUUUAUGGUCGGUCUCCUACUCCCAACUGCAAAUGCAGUUGCCACCUUGCUCCCACACCCGAAAUGUGCAAAACAGAGGCUGACAUAGUCGCCGUCGGCGGUGGCGGACCGUUGCAUUCCACACCGAACGCACUGACGCCAGCGGGCACAGAAAAAACGAAAGGUUGGAACGAGAUUGUCGCGGAUCUCACCAAAGAGUGGGUGAAUCAGUUGAUACCAGCUUCGAGUACGCAAGACCCAGCGAACCAAUCAGAUCCUGACCGUCUUUCGGACCUCCAUUACCAGCGCCAUCUCAUAAACAUGAAUCGUCUCCGGGAGCAGAUAGAUUUGCUAGCAUCGGAGGAGAGAAAACAGACUGCAUCAAGGCUGACGGCUGCAGCCGUUAAUCCUCGAGCACCUACAGAGACUUCCAAUAACCUUCCGGCUGCCGACUGGAACUUAAGUGCAUACGCCCCGUUGCUGAACCAUUCCAUGGAGUUCCUCUCCGGAAACCUUCCAACUGCACCCCCACUGCCUAGAGCGACGGAGUCUGGUUCCACAGAGCAGCGUACUGACGAAGGCUAUGUUUGGAUGCCUGUACAGGUCGGACUCAUUGGCAAAUGGCUAGCCAUGCUGUCAGGCCAGAUGCGGAACGACCUUAGAGGCAGUGAAGCCUGGAGAGAAGGACUGGUUGCCGCCAACCAUUACGAUCUCUCCCAAACGCCCUCAACAGUAGGCCAUGCCAACCCCCAAAGACCACUUCGUCACUGCAUCCAGAUGUGCAUCCUCGCAAAAGCUGAAGUCAACAUUCCUCUUUUCAUUUCCCUCAUCUCUCGUACACUCACAAGCAGUCUUGCUUUGGUUUCUCUUUGA